AGGGCGGUGCGGCGGCGCCGGGAGGCGGCUGGUGCGUCGGUCGCGUGGGUCCCUCCGAGGAGGGCCCCAGAAUCCCCGGCCAUGGCCUCCCUGCUCGCCAAGGACGCCUACCUGCAGGGCCUGGCCAGGAAAAUCUGCUCCCGGCCCAGCCCGGAGCCGCAGAAACGCAAGUCCGGCAGCAAAACUCGAGGAUCAGAAGCUUCUGGGCCUCCAAAAAAGAAGAGGAAGAAGGCACAGAAGAAAACCCGGGAGAGGGAGAAGCCUGUGGAGCCAAAGGCCCAGCCUCUAGGGGAGGAGUCUCCGGCUGCAGCCGAGGAGGCAGAGGCCUUCACCUCCACGGGGUCCCCUGCAGGGGGCGAUGCGGGGCAGGGCCAGCCGAGAUCAGAUGGCAGGGUCACAGAGCCCGACUCUUUGUUUGCCCUGGAUGUUCUGCGGCAGCGGCUGCAUGAAAAAAUCCAGGAGGCCCGGGGCCAGGGCGGCACCGCCCAGCUGUCUCCCGCGACUCUGGAGAAAAGACGCCGGAGGAAGCAGGAGCGGGAACGCAAGAAGAGGAAGCGGAAGGAACUGAGAGCAAAGGAAAAGGCAGCAAAGGCUGCGGAGGCGGGUGAGCCGCCCCAGCAGCCACCCCACGAGGCGGCCCAAGAGCAGGCGCGGCCGGGGCUGCUCUUCAACAAGGUGGAGGUGACCGAGGAGGAGCCGGCCAGCAAGGCCCAGCGCCGCAAGGAGAAGCGGCAGAAGCUGAAGGGGAACCUGACGCCGCUGACGGGGAAGAACUACCGGCAGCUGCUGGAGCGCCUGCAGGCGCGGCGGGACCGGCUGGACGAGCUGCGGGGCCAGGACGCGGGGAAGGCGCGGGAGCUGGAGGCCAAGAUGCAGUGGACCAACGUGCUGUACAAGGCGGAGGGCGUGCGGAUCCGCGACGACGAGCGCCUGCUGCAGGAGGCCCUGAAGCGCAAGGAGAAGCGGCGGGCGCAGCGCAUGCGCAAGUGGGAGAAGCGCACGGCCCACGUGGUGGAGAAGAUGCAGCGGCGGCAGGACAAGCGGCGGCAGAACCUGCGCAGGAAGAAGGCGGCGCGGGCCGAGCGGCGCCUGGACAGGGCGCGCCGGAAGGGCCGCAUCCUGCCCGGGGACCUGGAGCGGGCCGGCCUGGCGUGAGCGCCCCGUCGGACCCCAGCACGGGGUGGCCGCAUCCGGGUUCCGGCCUUCCCUUGGGAGGCCAGAAAGCUCCCCGAAAGUUUGCAGGGUGCGGGCGAGGGAGCGGUGUGGAGGGCAUGGAGGGUGCCGGGGGCACCUCCCUGGCGCCUUCUUCCCCUCCCGUGUUCACGAGCAGGGAGGGAAUGGCCUUCGGGGCUGCCUGGGUCAGCGCAGCACUUACCCGGAAGGGAGGGAACUUGAACCCCUGAAGCCCGAGCCAGAGGUGGAAGCGGCCUCAGGUGACUGGCAGAAGGUAGAGCUGACCUCGGGUGUGGCUGGAAGGGAGUUUUCUGGAGUUUAUGUGUAAGUAAGAGUAGCAAAAACGGUCACUUAGGUGAACACACACAUCAGAGGUCUCCGGGUCGCCGCCGGAAGAGGGCACAGUGUGUGUGAGGCUGGCGGGGGGGGGGG